UAAAUGUUAAGUUGAAGUCACGUUCCAUAAAUAAAUCUAAGUAAAUUGUUUAGAGAAGAGUCUGUUUACUGGCAUUAACCCUAUUUCUUUUUCACAUUGUUAUUAGUCUUACAAACAUGUUGUUGUAACCACAGGUUGUGGUUGUAACCCUAAACGUAAAUGUAGUUUCCGGUGGGACGUUACGUUAGUACUUAACGCUUCCUCCGGCGAGCUUGACAGGUGUGGCAGACAGGCUCGAUUCGAAAAAAGAGCGAGGGUGUAUCUGUGGAGCAUCCCGCUGGGUGCACGGCGUGUCAUGGACGCAGUGAAGCAGGGUCACAAGAGCACCCUGAGCUCGGGCAAAAUGGUGGCUCUGGCUGCGGGGCUCUCCAUCGGGGCCACAGUGGGCUACAUCGUCUAUCGCCACAUAAGCAGCGCCAACACCAGUCAGGAGCCCAACGCUGAGGUGUCCAAGCUGACACUUCCAGUAGAAGUUUAUAGGAACAUAUCCAGAUACCAAGCCAAGUUUUUGGACAUGGUGACCCAGAAGUCUGGCGCUCAUGUGAGGGUUUUGCCAGACUCCGGGGAGCCUGGAUGUAAGACGACUGUAUGUUUCCUGCUGCAGGGCUCUAAGGAGCAGGUCUUGCUGGCCCGCUGUGUCCUGGAGAACCUGGUCACUGACUGUGAGCCGGUGACUGAGGCUUUGGAAGUUCCCCAGACUGCCUUUGGACGUAUAAUAGGCCGUGGUGGAGAAAGUUUGAAACUGAUCACCAGGACCACAGGGGCCAAAGUGGCUUGUUCCAAAGAGAAGACGCUCGGCCCUGGGGCCAAGGGCAGCGUGACAAUCACAGGGACCAGACAGGAGGUGGAACAGGCCAAGGAGCUGAUUCUAGAAAAAGUCCGCGAGGACAUGAUGGUGAGGACAAAGCUCUCCCAGUCCUCUGCCCUGCGGCAGAAACGUGGCCAAACGGCUGCGAAUCAGAGGCCGGGCAGCACAGAGACUGAAGCACCAGUGGGCUUGAACAACAACGGCCCCUACUCCCAGACAGAGAAAAACGGGCUCAUCCAUGUCAACGGGACCAGAGGACAACCAGAAAAUCUGUUUGACAAGAUUGUGGAGCUGAAAAUCACCAACACACACCACAAGGAGGAGGAGGAGGAGGAGGAGGAGGAGGAGGAGGAGGAGAGUGUCUCCACAGAUUCUCUCUCUGAAAUUUCCAAGUUUGAAAUUCCCAGCCCAGACCUGAGCUUCCAGCCUGAUGAACAUCUGGAGGUUUAUGUUUCUGCAUCGGAGAACCCAAACCACUUCUGGAUCCAGAUCCUGGGGGUUCGUUCCCUUCAGCUGGACAAACUGACAGAGGAGAUGAGCCGCUUCUACAACAGUGGCAACCCCACCGAGCACAGGGUGGAGUCCAUUGUGGUGGGGGACAUUGUGGCGGCUCCGUACCACGACCACGGCACAUGGAACAGGGCCAGGGUGCUGGGAGUCCUGGCCUCUGGACUGGUGGACCUUUAUUAUGUCGACUUUGGGGACAACGGUGAGCUGCCCAGAGAACGCCUCUGUCGUGUGAGGAGUGACUUCCUCAGCUUACCAUUCCAAGCUAUUGAGUGCAACUUGGCAGGAGUGAGACCAAAAGGAGAGGUGUGGACCGAGGCAGCCCUGGAUGAGUUUGAGCAGCUGACAUGCUGUGCCUCCUGGAGACCCCUGCAGGCUAAACUCUGCAGCUACUCCCACUCUGAGGUCUCCUCCUGGCCCACUGUCAAGCUCUACAACAACAGUGAGGGCAAGACUGUAGAUAUUGGUGAGGAGCUCGUACGCCUGGGCCACGCUGUCAGCUUCCAGGAAGUGGUGAACGGGAAGACUGAGGGUGACAAUCUGGGCUGUCUACAGAGGAUGCUGGACGACGUGAUAGGAGCAUCAUCAGAGCAAAGUCUCUCCUGUAUUAGCUUAUCAGAAGCUGCUUCAAUCUCAGGAAGUGUUGAUGAUGUCAUAGACGAUGACCUGCUCUGAGUCCAAAGAUGUACAUAAAUAUCAAGCACUGACCACCCACUCCUCAGCAUAAGCUCAAGUAAGAAGAUGUUUCCUUGUCUGACCCAAACUCAACCGCAUAAAUCCUCAUCGUGAAGCCUUACCAACAGUUCUUUCAAGCCAUAUUCAUUUUAUUGUUGUUACUUGAGUACAAUUCUUAUGUUUUAACUUUAUGCUGUUCCGUUCUGUACCCAAUGCUGCUUUGCUUAAAUGUGUUACUAUAUUUUGUGUUCAAGACAUGAAGAGAGGAACAAAAAACAAAGAAAUUGCCAGUAUUAUUUUUGAAGCACUGUGAUGAGUCAGUGGAAUGAGAAGGCAGCUGUUGAGCUAAUGUCUACUUUUGUUUUCUACCUGUAUGCAUAUUGAGAUUUAAUGGCCUAAAUAUUGGGCUUCACAAGUUAUUAUAUUUUGGAAAUAAAAACCAUAGUAGUAUUGAAUGAGGUCUGCAGAUUAUGUUCAGUAUAAAAAAAUGUGGCAUCUACUAUAUAAUUAACUAAGGACGAAGGAAAGUGGUAGUUUGUCUUCAGGGUAAUAGUAAUAGACUGCACUAUAUAUAAUAAAGGAUUUAUUUUAUGUCAAGGA